AUGAGCUCCAAGAGGACCGACUCACUUCCACACACGAACGAACAUUCGACAACACCCGCGAUUCCGCUUAGCUCACCCCACCACUGUUCAGGCUCGGACCUUCACACCAAGCGCCGUGACCUCUCCCAGAGCAGUAACCCCACGGAUGCCAAACCGCGAGACACCAGUCAGGACCUCACUCCGCACCCUCCUCCACACGCAGCUUCCCCAUCCCGACAUCCAUGCCGAAUCCCCUGCACAGGCCGCGGCCGAAUACACAAGCUAUUCAUCCAGAACGGGAAAAUCCGAUACCAUCUCGUAGACAUCUCCCCAGCGCCUGCAACCAGUCCAGCGGAAGAAAGAGUCGGACAAACCCAUACGCCGAUGCAUGGAAAGGGAAUACGACGAGGGUGCGGACGCGGGAGUUGCCUGGCUAUUCGUCAGAUGGGACGCGAUUCGGAAACCAGACUACGCAGCGCCGACGGCGAACGCGGCACGGAAAAGCAGGAUACUGCGCCGCCCGUCCAACGGGAUGCUGUGCUCAAGGCGCUUCCGGACAAGGUCGACAGCGUUGCAGGAGGUUGCAAGUGAGGCCGUGAGCGGUGGUCUAUCGGAGUGAUAAUUCCACUGCUGCGGCGUUUGAGAAGCCGGUGUAGGGGAAGAUUGUGGUUGCGGCGAAGGCGCUACUGGCGGUGCUGUAGUUGUGGGAGUCGAUUGGGGUGGUACUACUAGAGAGGGCGGAGAACGCAGUGUGUGACAUCUGUUGGAGGACGAACUCGAUCUAUCGGAGGGAUCCUUACUGUGCCUGGAGGAGCAGGGAGCUUCGCGAAUCGAGG